CAGACGACGACCCUCUGUCCCACACACAUACAGCAGAUACAGACCAAGCAGAAGACACACAUACCUGACAAGUUAACGUUUGAUAUCUUCGCCUAUAGGUUGGAUACGAUGACAGACGCACGAGACGCUCGAAUACCGGUGGACAGAGGUUGGGCCUGGAUGGUGUUGCUUGGGUCUUUCGCUAUAUCCACGAUCAAUGUAGGGACUGAGAAAUCGUUUGGAAUCUUCUUCAUAGAAUUCCUUCGACAAUUCAAAGGAACGGUGUUCAUGACAGCUAUGAUUAACACAGUAUGGAAUGUGGUAUUCAGCGUCACAGCGGCAUCUGUUCUUCUUAUUGGUUUCAAGCGACUGAGUAUAAGGGCGUCCGUCUUCCUUGGAAUAACACUCUGUACUCUCGGAUACGGUAUCAGUAGUUUUGCCACUGGGCUGGAAUAUAUUCUUAUUUCGCAGAGCAUCCUCGUAGGUAUGGGCGCAGCGUUUAAUAUUCCACCAAUUUAUAUACUUAUUGGAGAAUAUUUUGACAAGAAAAAAGGGAUAGCGAAUGCUGUUUUUGUAUCCGGAAACUCGCUUGGUGGAGUCAUUAUGCCACCGCUAUAUCGGUACAUAUUUGACGAAUAUGGACUGCGUGGAGGGCUUCUGAUAACUGCUGGUAUCACCUUCAAUUCUCUGGUAGCUGCAGCUUUGCUUCGCCCGACUUCAUUCUACAUUGACAACUGUCCACAAAAACCAUCCAUCGACAGUUUAAAUGAAAAAUGCUACAAAAGCGAGAAAAGUGACGAAGACCCUAAUUCGUCACAUCCUUUAAUUCAGAAACAAGCAUCUGAUGAGUUUAACGGAUGUACGGAUGUUCACACAGACAAAGACGAUUCCAAUGAUAGCGUGGUUAGAAUAUCCCCCAAUUCAAGUAGCGCUAGAUAUUCCAGUAACAAAGAUGUAACAUCUAACUGUUAUAAGUCUGAAACAAUGGAAACCCAUGUCACCACAAUGGAAGAAGAACAACAAGAGCAAGGAUGUUUUAUUAAAUGUAAAAAUAAGAUAGAUUGUACAUUGUUGAAAAACAUUUCAUUUCUUCUAUUUCUAGUAAUUUAUUGUUUAGGAAACGUAGCGAUGAUGUGUGCUCACAUCUACAUUCCAACAUAUGCCAGAGAUAUUGGUAUAACAGACCAGCGGAUUGCUAUCAUUGUCUCCGUGUAUUGUAUUUCGGACUUCGUCGGGCGAAUUUCAGCAGGGUUUCUAGCUGAUCUGUCAUGGAUCACUGCGGACCAUAUUGUUGCUCUUUCGCAGGUUGCUGUUGGAUUGGUCCUUCAGUUUACAGUAUACUACACAUCAUUUCUGCGGUUACUGGUGUUUGCCGCUAUACUAGGUUCCACAGCUGGUAUGAUCGUCGCCCUGUUUCCGCCAAUGAUGCUGGAGAUUGUUGGGAAAGCCCGAUAUCCCAGUGCUAUGGCUAUAUUUAUCCUGAUGAUAUGUUUGUUUGAAGGACUCGCUGUACCUGUGUUAGGUUAUUUUCGUGACGUCAAUAACACUUUUCAUUUUUCUUUUCACCUUAUGGGAGCAUCAUCGUUUGUGUCUGUCGGGCUUCUUAUCAUCUUUGUUAUCUUAAAAAGGAAACGAUCCAGGCAGAAACAAGAUGUCGUUGAUAAAAAUGAAGACUAAAGAUAAUUUCGUGCAGGUAGAGCUUUUAAAAUAAAAACCCGAUUUCCCGAUUGGACGUUCUUAGAUACGGGGAUCACCUGCUUGACGAUAGGGUGUUUCUCCGGUUAUUCCGGUUCUUCCCACAGUAAGACCACUCCGUGGGCUUUUACCUGGCCAACAAGAGUGCCUAAUUCAAGUGAAAAUAUCUCG